AUGGGUAAAAAACCUCCAAAAAUGAAGAGCAUUACCAAAAGCAAGACGAAGGCUCACAAGCAGAAGGUAAAAUCUCAUAAGAAAAGCAAGAACAUUUCAAAACAAAAGUAUCGAACAAAACAACGGUCAGAGAGUCAAGACAAAUUAAAAAAACCGGAGGCACCUCUUACUGACUAUUUGACGCACAAGUCAAAUUACAUUGCUGUCCGAUUUAUAUUUGAAUGCGGUAUUAAACUGGGUCUUAAACAUAUAACUAUAUGCUCAGCAGCAGUUUACUUCCAUAAGUUUUAUAAACACGUUGAUGAAACCUCUUAUGACAAUUAUUCUAUAGCUAGUGCAACUUUAUACUUGGCUAGUAAAGUUCAAGAUGAAACCAUCAGACUUCGAGAUUUGAUAAAUGUGUGUUACCACACAUUACACAGGGAUGCAGCUCCAUUGCGCUUAGCUGAAGAUUAUUGGAACUUCCGGGAUUCCAUUGUGCACGCUGAAAUGUUAAUCAUGAGAAUAGUACAAUUUGACACAACUUUCGAUCAUCCACAUAAUUAUUUUUUGCACUACGUUCAGACUCUAAGACCAGUUUUCUAUUCAAAACAUGGCAAGGACAUCAUUGUAUUUAAGAAAGCAUAUGAUUUCUUACACGAUUUUUAUCAUAGUAGUGAUAUUCUUCAGUUUAAGGCACAGCACAUUGCAAUUGCUUGUAUUGAACUAGCGAUCAAAGUUUAUGGCAUUCCUUCUCAAAUAAUUGAUUAUGAAAUUAAACCUUGGCAUCAGGCAUUGGUUGAAGAUUUGGACAAGGAUACACUUUGGAAUGUUAUGGCAGCGAUCAUGGACACAUACGAUCUCGAGUUAACUACCAACUAA